AGACGAACCGGCGACCACACAUUCCUUGGAGUGAACUUUCUCAUGCGUCCGCUGACCAAGUUUAACACUAAAAAGCAAAACGCGCAAGCGAGCGCGAGGGAAACAGCACGGGGCCGCGUCCACCCAGGCUCACCUAGCCUGAGCGCCAACGCCCUCCGAGCCCCCACCCCCAGCUUUCCGCGGCGGCGGGACAAACGGAUUAGGCUCCCGGAAACCGUGCGGCUCCACGCGGCCAUGACCCGGUGCUCAGCCCAGGUCCCCAAGUCUCUGCUCGGCGUCCCCCGGUGGCCCGCGGCUCCGUCCCCGGAGCGCCGAGAGCACUUGUCCCGCAACAGACUGGGGGGGUGGGGAGCACCGGAAACGCGUGUCUCGGGGCGGGCACCGCCCGCCUGCCCCCGCCUCCGGGCUCUGGGGCUUUUUAAGGCCGGUGGCUUCCGCAACCAAGCCUGGGGCAGGGCCAGCGUGGCGCGGGCGACGCGGGGCCGCCUCCCGAGCCGUGUGAGCGGAGGGCUGGGCACGGGUGCAAUGGCCCUGGUGCCCUAUGAGGAGACCGCGGGAGUCGGGCUGCAGAAAUUCCACAAGCCGCUUGCCACCUUCUCCUUCGCAAACCACACGAUCCAGAUCCGGCAGGACUGGCGGCACCUGGGAGUCGCUGCAGUGGUUUGGGAUGCGGCCAUCGUACUUUCCACGUAUCUGGAGAUGGGAGCCGUGGAGCUCAGGGGCUGCUCUGCCGUGGAGCUGGGCGCUGGCACAGGGCUUGUGGGCAUCGUGGCUGCCCUGCUAGGUGCUCACGUGACCAUCACAGAUCGAAAAGUAGCGUUAGAAUUUCUUAAAUCAAACGUUCAAGCCAACCUACCUCCCCACGUCCAACCCAAAGCUGUUGUGAGGGAGCUGACGUGGGGACAAAACCUGGGGAGUUUCUCACCUGGAGAAUUUGACCUGAUACUUGGAGCUGACAUCAUCUAUUUAGAAGAAACGUUUGCGGACCUUCUUCAGACCCUGGAGCAUCUCUGUAGCGAGCAGGCUGUCAUCCUUCUAGCUUGCCGAAUCCGCUAUGAACGCGACAACAACUUCCUGGCAAUGCUGGAGCAGCAGUUUACUGUGAGUAAGGUUCAUUAUGAUCCUGAGAAAGACGUCCAUAUUUACAAAGCACACAAGAGAAACCAGAGGGAGGAAUUAUAGUCGGUUAGAACUCGCAAGCACAGCGUCAUCGAGUGUGUCAACCGGGGUCCUAGCCCGGGACUCCAGCCAUAGCAGCUUCCUGUACAGAAAGGGUAACUAGACCUUCGCAAGGGCCAGAACACCUGUACGGAAUUAAAACACCACAGUGCUUCAUCCUGCGCCGGCGUCUACUUGGAUUUUAUGCCCUCUGCACUUUCAUGGACAUUAAAGCAGAGUGUGGGCUUUGGGUUGUGUUGUAUCCGUGUCUGUGUCCCGGGCUGCUGCCCCUCCACCAUUUCACGGAUGACAUGGUCGCACUGCUCUCUAGAUGUCUUUACCAGGUCGUGUCUUCUCAGGUUUUUUUUUUUUUUUUUUUUUUUUUUAGAUUUUAAAAAAUUUAUUUGGAAGAGUUACAGAGAGAGCUUCCAUAUGCUGGUUCACUCCCCUAAUGGCUGCAAUGGCCCGAGCUGAGCUGGUCUAGAACCUGAAGCUAGGAGCUUUUCUUGGGUCUCCCAGGUGGGUGCAGGAGCCCAAGCACUUGGGCCAUGCUCUGCUGCCUUCCCAGGCACAUUGGCAGGGAGCUGGAUCAGAAGUGGAGCAGCCAAGACUCAAACCGGCACCCAUGUGGGACGCUGGUGCUGCAGGCCGGGGCUUUAACCCACUGUGCUACAGCGCUAGCCCCUCUUGUCAGUUGUUUUAAACACACUCUGAGAUAUAUCAUGUUGUGUCCAGUUGCCAAAUUCCCUGAAUAGAAAACGAGGUUCAACACACAUUCCUCAAGCAGUUAGUGCUUUUUAAAUCUUUUGGUCCAUUUAGAUGUUAACCAUUAAUUAUGAUGUCAGUUUUCUGGGAAUCUCAUACCAUGCUUUUGAUAUGGUUUUAGGUAUGUAAAUAAAGGAAUAAAUAAAAACAGAUUUUUAGUUUUCUAUAUAUAUUUAAAGAUUUAUUUUACUUUUUAUUUGAAAGGUAGAGUGACAGACAGAGGGAGAGAGAUCUCUUUGCUGGUUCCCUCCCCUAAAUGGUUGCCAAUAGCUUAGGCUGGAACUCCAUAUGAGUCAUCUACAUGGGUGGCAGGGGCGCCUGGCUGCUUUCUCGGGUGCAUUAGCAGGAAGUGGAUCAGAAGCAGAGGACCUGGCACUAGAGCAGGCACGCUGAUGUGUGAUGCCAGUGUCAUAAGCAGUGACUUAAUCUGCUGCGCUACAACACUGGCCCCUUAUAUAUAUGUUUAUUUUACCAAAGUUUUAUUUUGAAAGUGUCAUUCCCCAGAUGGCUGCAACAGCAGAGGCUGAGGCUAGGCCAAGCUGAAGCCAGGAGCUGGCAACUCCAUCGUGGUCUCCCACAUGGGUGGCAGGAACUCACAUACUUGAGCCAUCACCUGCUGAAUUCCAGGUACAAUAGCCAGGAACUGCAUCAGAAGUACAGUAGCUUGGCCAGCGCCGCAGCUCACUUGGCUAAUCCUCCGCCUUGCGGCGCCGGCACCCUGGGUUCUAGUCCUGGUUGGGGUGCAGGAUUCUGUCCCGGUUGCUCCUCUUUCAGUCCAGCUCUCUGCUGUGGCCCCGGAGUGCAGUGGAGGAUGGCCCAGGUCCUUGGGCCCUGCACCCGCAUGGGAGACCAGGAGGAAGCACCUGGCUUCUGGCUUCGGAUGGGCAUAGCUCCGGCGGUAGUGGCCAUUUGAGGGGUGAACCAACGGAAGGGAGACUUGUCUCUCUGUCUCUCUCUCUCUCACUAACUCUGCCUGUCGAAGAGAAAAAAAAAAAAAAAAAAAAGAA